GCAACAUCAUCGCGAGGGGCGUCUUGGACGCGUGCAGCCGCUAGAGGCGCUACAUUCGCCACUUUGCUGAACAAAGAACGCCUCCACUUCUCGGCACGUCCGCUCUGAAAGGAAUGGUUCGACUCUCUCCACCGCGAUCUGACAUCGCCGCCUGAAGAACUCCUCCUCGUGGUGAACAUCGUCACCUCCAUCAUCGCGCUCCCCAUCAUCUCACGGUCUUCUCACCCUGAUGCUUUGCAUGUUUAAGGGUAAACAUAUCCGACAUCGGACCAUGGCCUGAAAGGUGAUGUUCUGCACUCUGAAGAUGAUGGCUGCAGUCUGCCUGCUGCUGCUGCUGCAGCUGCUACUGAAAUUCCUCAAUGUUGGUGAGCUGGGCUCGGUAUGAACAUCCCUCAAGCAAUCCCAUCCGUCCUGCUCCUGCUACUCCACUCUGCAUUUUGUUCGUCAAGAGUUCUGCCGCGGAACGUGUCAAACACAUCGUCAGCUGGACACACGGAUGCGGAGGCAGUGACGACACCUCAAAUGCACACCGACUUGUGGAUAUCUCCAAGAGUCAUGCUUGAUGAGGUGCAGAUGCUGAAUUGGACAGGAACUCAGAAGGAGCUGCUUCCUGUAUCCGCAAACCAUGAGUUUGUCAUCAGCAAGUGUGGGAGGGUGGUGGAACAGAAAACCGACGUGGAUAUCCUGGAGAUUGUUAUCACCGUCAUGUAUGUCGGUGGAAGUGAUCUCUUUCCUGAUCAAGGAAGAAUGCUGCAGGUUCGAGACAACAUUCAAGGACUCAAGCUGCUGCAGCCACAGCAACAGACAUCAGCCAGCCAGGACUAUCAGGAAUUCGAUAUUGACCUCUCCAACAAAAAUGUGAUGAAGGUGUCUUAUAUCGCUACUCUGGAUCCUGCCUUGGCUCUGGAUGGAGUGAACAUUUCACUGGCAGCUUCUGUGAUAAGAACACAGUCUGGUACUGAAGCUGAGAUUGCAACAUCGACACUAUUCAUCAUGCAAGUAGCCAAAUUUAAGACCACCCCACACCAUGGUCUCCAUUUUGUAGGAUUUGUGGUGGCAUUUGUGAUGGUGGGACUGGCGGUCGUAUGCAUAUCCCUUCUAAGACAGAAUAAAUGUUGGGGUGCAUGCUCCAAAUCCACACAGAAUACACAGGUGCAGCAGGAUGUGCAGAGUGCGUGUAGUGGAUCAGUGUGUGCAGGGGAAGGGCAGAUGACCAGUGCCAUGGCCUCUCUCCCUGUGGAGCGGCUGGAGAGCGAGGGGCUGUGCAGGGAAAGGAAGGAGGCCGUGGACAUGCUUGCUCAUGCCAUACUGGAGACAUUUGGCAAAACUACCCAGCCUAUACGGUGUUUGGACCUUCAUGAUAUUGAGAGCCCUAUACAGGCAUAUGGAUUUUUGAGCCAGCUCAUAGAGAAGUUUGACAUUCCAAGGGACGCUGUGCAGCAUGCUCUUCGCUUGCUUUUGCCUCUUCAUAGCAUGAAGCAGCUUCAGGAAUUACUUCGGCUUGUUCACCCAAACACGUGCUCUGUGCCUAUCAGUGCCUCUGCAGUUGGUGUUCAUAAAGAAGGUGUGGAUGUAGCUGCGUUCCCCGUGGCAGCAGGGCUGGUGGAACAUGUCCGAGCUUCUCUCCUUGCCUCAUGUAGGCAGAAUGCCAAAGUGAACUCUCCAAGAAGGAAGCAAAGAACGUUAAAAGAGGCACAACUGCAGCCAGCCAAGUUGGUUUCUCCGAGCCAUUCGCACAACAAAGAUAUGGCACUGCAGCCAUCGCAGUUGAAGUCAUCGGAGCCCAGUCUGGAGGGUGAAACGUUGAUACUGGAUUCCUCCGGGACUCGGGAGCGGAUUUUUGUUUUCCGCUCACAACCCGAAGAAGAGAGCAAAGCUGUAAUUUUUCAUAAGAAGAAAAAGAGGAACUUUUUGAAUUAUAAAUCUUCAAAGAUUAUGGAUGUCACAAUGUAAAUAACCUAUUUAAUGGCCAACAGAUUGCUAAAAACUUUUAAUGUAGAAAUGAAAGGACUGAUUAUUUUAAUGUGCUGUAGAUCCCAUUCAACCCACUAUUGUUUUGAUCCUUUUAACAAGUUCACCAUUUACCUUAAUAGGUCCUUGCUAAAUGUGCAGAUCCACAUAAUGUGUAUCUCUGAUAAAUUGUAUCACAUGUGUAGUGUCUUGUAAAAUCACUCAGACUGACACGUUGUGCCAGGUCACCUGCUUACACUUUAUUAGCCUAUUCUUGCACCAGUUGUAGGCACGCCUAUCACUGUCUGUACGGUCACUUCUGUUAACCAAUUCCUACUCUCAUCUACGUUACACCUCGCUAACCUGCACACAGCAGCUCUUGCUCUCGGCAGCUGCGCACUCAAGGCUUCGCACACAGCAGCUCUCACACAGAGGCUUGCACUCAGCCUCUCACACAGAGGCUUGCACACAGCAGCUCUCACACAGAGGCUUCGCACACAGCGGCGCUCACCCAGAGGCUUCGCACACAGCAGCUCUCACACAGAGGUUCGCACACAGCAGCUCUCACACAGAGGCUUGCACUCAGCAGCUCUCACACAGAGGCUCGCACACAGCAGCUCUCACCCAGAGGCUUCGCACACAGCAGCUCUCACACAGAGGCUCGCACACAGCAGCCCUCACACAGAGGCUUGCACUCAGCAGCUCUCACACAGAGGUUCGCACACAGCGGCGCUCACCCAGAGGCUUCGCACACAGCAGCUCUCACCCAGAGGCUUCGCACACAGCAGCUCUCACACAGAGGCUCGCACACAGCAGCCCUCACCCAGAGGCUCGCAGACAGCAGCUCUCACACAGAGGCUCGCACACAGCAGCUCUCAACCAGAGGCUCGCACACAGCAGCUCUCACACAGAGGCUCGCACACAGCAGCUCUCAUCCAGAGGC